AUGCCUAUAAAAUAAACAACAACUUUUUAAAUGAGGAAUAAUGUCAAGAACUGACAAUCGAUUAAUGACAUUUUUGAGACCUUCGGAUAAAAAUUUAGACGCAGCAAAGUUUUCGGAAAAUAUAAGUAGCCAGAAUGUGUUGUAAGUUUAAAUAUAAUUUGGGUCAUGAAGAGAAUUUAGAGAUUUUGGCAAUGUUAAUGCUAUGGUAGUGAGGACAUCAAAUGACAAUAAAUACUGGAUUAUUGGCCUUUCGAAUGGCACAAUUGUUGUAUGAAUACUUUCAGUUGAUCUUAGGUUGGCUAACGCCUUUUAGCUAUUAUCCACUGAAGAUAAUGAGAAGCAGACAAAUAAUUUCUAUACUUUGAACGCAGAUGGCGAAACUCUCCCUUGUUCAGACUUACAGCCUGUCCCAGAACUCAAUGGUCAAAUUCAAGAUAACUGUCACCUAAUUUUAGCCGUGUAUGUUUCUGGUCAUGCACGCCUAUGGCACUACACAGGAGCAAUGAAUUCAUCACGUCUCUUGGCAACAAUCACGGAAGAAAGGAUCAGUAACCCAUCUGAUGCUCCUGUAAGAACAAAUGCAGAAAACGUGAUGAAUCAGAUAUUAUCGUGUUCAUGUUCAUAUGAUGGUAAACGAUUUGUAACUGGUGGGGUUGAUUGUCAUUUAAGAGUUUAUGACAUGAAAUCUCGUAGACGCUUGCGGAUGUGUAGUUCAAGUUUUACUAAGGAAAAAAUGGAUGGACAUGUAAUGCGUAUAUGUGCUGUGAAAUAUCAUCCACGUGGUGCUGUUUAUGAAGAUUAUGUGCAUAUAUUUAUUACCGGUGGUUGGGAUGAUACAAUACAAAUAUGGGAUGAUCGGUAUUUACAUUCUUUAUGGAUUUAUUAUGGUCCCCAUAUUUGUGGAUCAGAUGCACUUGAAAUCGAAUCAGAAUCAAAUCAUAUAUUAUCAAGUUCAUGGCGCCGUGAUAAAUCAAUUUUGCAAGUUUGGAAAUUUAAUGAAGAGCUUAUGAUUGAAUUUUAUAAUUCAGCUGAACAUCAAGGUGAUGAAUUGUCUAUACCAACUGGAAAGGAAAUCAUAAAUAAGCAAACUGGAGCUUUAUACUACUGUAAACCAGUAGCUGAAAUACCUCAAGAUGCCUAUGAUGGGCCGAGUAAAGGUUAUGUAGCAAAAUGGCUUGGGCCGUAUUACAUAGCAUUCGGUGGGUCAGAUGCAAAUAUUUUAAAACUUAUCAGUCGUUUCACAUUGAAUGUUGUUGGAUCAGUAACGGAAUUGACAAGUGGUAUUUAUUCAUUGGCCUUUAUUGAGCCAAAGACAAAUGAUAACAGUAACAAACGUAUGGUGCAAUUCGCAUUUGCCUCUGGUACUCGUGUUUACAUUGCACAAUAUGAACAAAAAUAAAUUUGCGGAGAUUUUUUUUUAACCGACAACUAUUUACUGAAUUUUAUACUCAAAAAAUGGUUAUUUUUAUUCAUCUUUUUAAAAUAACUUUUGCAUUACCAUAUGUUUUGCCGAUUGAAAUAAUAAUAUCGUUUUUCUUCCAAUUAACAGGAUGUACGUAAAUAAAAGACUCAAA